AUGGAGCGACUUGCAGCUUCACUGAGGGUGGUGGAUCUAGCACGCCAACCGCUACGCGACGAAGAAUGGAGGACUUGGCCUUCUGUCAAGGCUUACAUUUCUAACCUGCCUCGAGGAGUCACCACCUACGAUAUCCACAGAAAUUUCAGUCGUUUUGGAAAUGUCGAGUUCAUCCGGAUGGAGGAAACCCCUCAGGGUAACUUCGCAGGACAAGCGAUGAUCGUGUUCAAACCACCACCACCGGGAAGAGCACCUUGGGAUGAACAAUUCAUCAACAAAUUCCACUUUCACAGUCGGCGCAAUGAGGGUGAGCCGCUACCCAAGAUCAAGGUUCGAUAUGAAGCCCGGCCGCGCAACCGCUUCGUGGAGAGUCCUGUCCGCCGUGGCGUGAAGUACGAUCCAGAAGUCAUACUGUAUGGAAGUGCAAUCGAUUUUGGCUAUCUUGUUCGACCUGAAUGCAUGGUUGUGAAGGCCACGAAACGGAACCUUCGCGGUGAUGCCGUUCGAUUACGGCUGAACUUGAACAGACUGGAGAUGGAGGUCCACUUUCCUGUUGUUAUCCACUCAAGAGGCAGGGCUGUAGAACGGGCAUACCGGUUCUCUGUCGCACUGGACGAACAGUUCUCUCUGUGCGAAGCCCGCAGCAACGGAUCCACCGGGUUGAUCAUCCACCUGAAUAACACGCCCUGGUACUCCCGGCAAUUGAAGGAGGCAAUGGGAUUGAGUCACGAUGACAACUCGUCCAAGUGGAGCUCAGACGACACAUGGUCGCGCCAGACUGACAUUGUCGACGAGAAGGAAACUUUUCAGAAGAUCAAUGAAACUCCGAUUUCGGUGCAGAAACUUCACAAUAGCAUCGAUAUCGCUCGCUGGACAACUUUCCGCGUUACCAUCAAGCCGGAUAUCGACCGAGACCACAAUUCGCUGGGCCAGUUCCUGACUGCUCUUGCAGACUUCAACAUUCGCGUGAGUCGAGACUCCCCAUUCCAAAUGGUCAUCGGUCCAGAAGGUCCAGCUCCAUUCUGGGACUUUGUCGACGGAACAGGCUCUCAAUCAUGGUCAGAGGAGCUUUUGCUACCGCGCCGCCUUGACUUCGAUCUGAGAUAUCAGCUCGAAGUUUGUGUUUCAAGACGGUGGCUUAAUGAAUACAGCCUCACACGCGAGUUUUUGCAGAAGUUGUCAGACAUGCCAACAAAACGAGCCAAGCAAAUGCUCGUCCACGUCGAUCUACAUCAACAACGUGUCUAUGAGCCCAUGUCCAUCUUCACAGACCUACGCUACACAAAGCCGGUGCUGGCUCGUGCUCCUCCCGCAAAUUGUGCAGAGAUCUAUAGUGCAACAGUGACCGCCACGGGUGUUGUAUUUCACAGCCCUGCAGUCGAGGUCACGAAUCGGAUUGUGCGCAGAUAUUCCAGCGUCAGCAACCAUUUCCUCAGAGUACGGUUCGAAGACGACCCUUACCGCGGACAAACAAGGCUCUGGCCAGCAACAAACGGUAAGAUGAAGCUGAUCUUCGACAGAGUCCGUCGGACGAUGAAGCACGGUAUUGUCCUUGGCGAUCGACGUUACGAGUUUCUUGCUUGGGGAAACUCACAGAUAAGGGAACACGGUGCAUACUUCUUUGCGGCCUCUCAACGUCCACACAUCACUGUUGAUGAUAUCAGAAGGGAUAUGGGCAUCUUUGAUCAUGAAAAGGUCGUCGCCAAGCGAGCUGCACGAAUGGGUCAAUGCUUUGCGACGACAACACCCUGCAAGAUCCUGAACAGAGACAGUCACAGCAGAGAUGCCGACAUACCGGACAUCAAAAACGGCAAAUACAACUUCACCGAUGGCGUUGGCAAAAUAUCCCGUCUCACUGCCCUUCACAUCAAGAACAAACUUAAGCUCGGUGGUGAGGAGCCUCCUUCGGCGUUCCAGUUCAGAUUGGGCGGCUGUAAAGGAGUUCUUGCCCUUGACCCCACCCUCACCAAUUCUGAUGUCAAGAUCCGACCGAGCCAACGGAAGUUCGAUAGCGAAUCAAAUGAGUUGGAGAUCAUUCGGGUCUCUGAAUUCUGGCGACCGUUCUUGAACCGUCAACUCAUCCUUGUGUUGUCGGCACUUGGCGUACCGGAUGCGGUGUUUCUCCGAAUGCAACAAAAAUGCAUUGAAGAUCUGGAUGCCGCCAUGAAAGAUGACACCGUUGCCGUACGAGCCUUGCGGGAGAACGUCGAUCCCAAUUUGAUGACCCCUGUUGUCGCUGCCAUGAUCGAAGCUGGCUUCUCCCAGAUUGAUGAACCAUUUGUUGCCUCCCUAGUACGACUCUGGAGAGCAUGGACGCUGAAGUAUCUGAAGGAGAAGGCUAAGAUCCCAGUGUCCCAAGGUGCCUUCGUCCUGGGUGUCGUUGACGAGACUGGCAUGCUCUCCGGUCACAUUAACGACCUUCAGCCCGGGCCAAACGCCAGCCGGGAGGAAAGAGAGAAAGCCUUGCCUGAGGUUUUCAUCCAAUACACAGAUCCGCACAAAAAAGUCCGCUGUAUCUAUGAAGGAAUUUGUAUCAUCGCUCGCAACCCAUCUCUGCAUCGCGGCGAUAUCCGGGUCGUCAGAGCUGUCAACUGUCCCCAGCUGCGGCACAUGUGCGAUGUGCUGGUCAUGCCCUCGGUUGGUGACCGAGAUUUGCCCAGCAUGUGUUCUGGUGGUGAUCUCGACGGGGACGAUUAUAUCGUCAUCUGGGAUCCCGAAUUGCUUCCUGAGGAGUGGAAUGCCGAACCGUUUCAUUACAACGCACCAGAGCCCGUCAAAAAGGAAAAUGUCUCGAUCGACGACAUCAUCAACUUCUUCUACGAUUACAUGCAGAAUGACUAUCUAGGAAGGAUUGCACAUGCGCACCUUGCUGCUGCUGACUCUCUACCCGAUGGCAUCGACAGCGAGCAAUGCUUGAAGCUUGUCGAGCUCCAUUCCAUGGCCGUUGACUAUCCCAAAACCGGCGUUCCCGCACUCAUGACCCGGGAUUUGGAGCGAAGCCAGUGGCCUCAUUUCAUGGAGAAGAAACGAUCAGAUGAGUAUCGCUCGAAACAGAUUCUGGGCCGGUUAUACGACGCGGUUGGGAAAGCAAAGUUCGAGCCACACCUCUUGGGAGAUUUUGAUAAACGGAUCCUGAUACAUGCCCCACAAGAGGAAGUCUUUGGGUUUGUCCGCAGACUCAAGGAGAGUUAUGACGAGAGCAUGCGACGUGUCAUGGCCCAACACCAAAUUGCGUCUGAAUUCGAAGUUUGGUCUACUUUUGUGUUGCACCACAGCAAAGCGUCCAAAGACUACAAAUUCCAUGAAGAAAUUGGACAGCACGCCAAGACUCUGAAAGAUCAAUACUAUGCGGCGUUCCUGGAAGAGGCUGGUGGACAUGACCUGGCAAAGCUGCGACCAUAUGCCAUUGCGGCUUACCACAUCACCCACGAAGAAUAUCAGAAAGCUAGGAAACGAGAAGAGGGCAACGGAUCAGAAGACGAAGAUGGUUCUGCUCUCUCAAGCGAAUCUUCUGGCUCUGUUUUCUCUGCUUCAACCCCUGCCACUGGCGUACCUUUCAUCAGCUUCCCUUGGGUACUCCAGGAGACACUACAACAGAUUGCAAGGAAUACCGCCAUCGACGCAGAUGAGUGUGCGCUGCAGGUGGAACACUCAACUACCAGCGUGCGAAACGACAAAGAGGAUGAUGGACUCGAUCCUGAAAGAACCAUAUCCAGAUGGACACACAGUGGAGACCACUUGCAAGAUCCGUACGUGCCUGUCCUGGUCGAUACUGAAGCCGGACAGGACGAACCGGGGGCCGUGCCAAACUAUGAGCCGCUUGAGACAACAGGAUUGGAAUCAUCGCCGUCGCUUGCGAGGCGAGAAUCAUUGGGAGAAAUUGUGCCCACAAAGCCGCCAACCACCGCUGAAUCUGGCUGCCGAAAUGAUCGUUUUCCAUCCGGCACUAGGCCCAUGGUCUCGCCCAAUGCGCCUUCAGUGGUCUCGAACGGUGGGAGCUCAUCUCUCACAAAUCCAGACGACGUGUAUCCUCCAUUGUCGGAUCUGGCCCGUACUGACGAGAGGUCGCCAGACUUUGCCAGUGUGUCUGGUAUGACUCCGACCGAGGAAGUCCAGUCGUCAAGUCCGGUGAAACUGACCGAUGCACGUCAUACUCUAUCAAAGGGCAAUGAGUUGCGGCCAUUCAAAGAUCCAGGGUCGAUAGCAGAAGGCGGCAUUCACGCGUUAGCGAAAGAUUCCGACGACGAUGACGAUGAUUUCGCUUUCUGA